ACGGGCUCAGCACCACUGGCUGGACCAGCGGCUGCUUUCCGCCAUCUUUGCCUGACAGCAGGUGACAUGGGUUGUUCUGCCAGUGUGGUCCUACUUCUACGGUCAGUGGGUGGGGCAGAAUGCGGCCACAUGUGUUCACGGCAGGACCAAACGACAGUGGAUGCUGCGACGCCCACCCUGGAAGGCUACACCGCCGCCUGCUCACCUCUGACCAUCAUUGUCAUGCAAGAGAAGCCCAGGCUGAUUGAUCCCCUUGACUAUGAGGCUGUCAUCUCCGAACUGGGAGCUGAGCUGAAGGAAGACCCUCUUCGAGAGCUGCUUCUGUUUCCUGACAAUGAUUUCACAGUAUCCACAGUGCCCCAAGAGAGAAGGACUCUCAGGUCAGCUGUUCCUGAGGGUGCAGAGCUCCAGGCUGAAUGUCUGCUGGUCAGACAGGCCUGCAAGUAUUACAACUCGGAUCUGAACGUGGUCCAGUUCAAGUACGACGACUAUGCUGGAGACUACCGCCUGCUGCCAAGGAAAUUGUACAAAGCGGAGAAGCUGCCUUCUCACUCGUUUGAGAUCGACCAUGAGGACCUGGACAAAGAUGAGGACACCACCUCCCUGUCCUCGUCUAAAGGAGGUGGUGGAGGAGGAGGCGGUGGAGGUGGAGGAGGAGUUGGAGUGUUUCGGUCAGGCUGGCUAUACAAAGGCAACUUUAACAGCACUGUCAACAAUAGUAUCACUGUGCGGUCAUUCAAGAGGAGAUACUUCCAGCUGACCCAGUUGACGGACAACUCCUACAUCAUGAACUUCUACAAGGACGAGAAGAUCUCCAAGGAACCCAAAGGUUGCAUCUUCCUCGACUCAUGUACCGGCGUGGUGCAGAAUAACCGUCUGAGGAAGCAUGCCUUCGAGCUGAAGAUGAACGAGGUCACAUACUUCGUGCUGGCUGCGGAGAGUGAGCAAGACAUGGAGGAGUGGAUCAGCACCUUGACGCGCAUCUUGCAGAUCACGCCUCACGACGGACCCGCUCCCGACCGCAAGAGUCUGGACCUGUCUGACCAUCGCCAGGAUGUGUUCGACCUGUCUUUGAGCGACUGCUGUUUGCAGGGAAACGAAGAUGCGACGGAAAAUGGCAUUAAUCCUGAGCUAGCUAAGUACAUCUCAGAGACAGACGAGGGAAUUCGUUGUGCUCGGAGAGAAGAGAGAUUGAAUCUUUUUUCGCUUGACCCCGAUACUCCUGUGCUGAGGAGCCCACAAGUGGAACGCCCAUCAAGUGAAAACACAACAGUGCGUCCUUUUGAGGAGAAACUGGGCAGAAGGUUCAUGGUGACCUGCCGAUCACUUAACUUCGUGCUGCAGGGCUGCAUCAGUGAGAGUGAAACAGGGCCAGUCACUAAUAUUGAACCUUUCUUCGUGUCGUUAGCACUGUUGGAUAUACGAGAUGGGAGGAAAGUAUCUGCUGACUUUCAUGUGGACCUCAACCACGAGGCAGUUCGUCAGAUGCUGGGGGGCCUCAGUAAUGGGUCAUGCAGUCUGAGCACUGGAGCUCAGGAGAACGGCCUUUGCUCUCCUGCGGAGAAGAAGAAGUCAGGAGAUAGUCAUCCAAGCGUGGAUUUGGAGCACUGGUUAUGUUUUCCUAAACAGGCAAUAUUCUCAGUGACCAACCCCCACGCGGAUAUAGUGAUGGUGGCCAGAGUAGAGAAGGUGCUGAUGGGAAAUAUUGCUUGUGGGACAGAGCCAUACAUCAAAAACACAGACUCCAGCAAGAUUGUCCAAAAGAUUCUAAAAUCCAACAAACAGUUCUGUGGUAAACUGGGAAAGUAUCGGAUGCCGUUCGCAUGGUCUGUCAGGUCCCUUUUUAAGGACAACCAUGGGGCGCUGGACCGAGAGUCUCGUUUCUCGCCUCUCUUCAAACAGGAGAGCAACAAGAUUUCCACAGAAGACCUGAUUAAGCUUGUGUCAGAGUAUAGAAGGGCGGAGAAGACCAGCAAGCUUCAGACCAUUCCUGGGACUCUGGACAUCACAGUGGACUAUGUUCCACUGGAGCUUCCAAACUGUGUGACGUCCUCGUACAUACCCGUGAAACCCUUUGAGGAUCUGAGCAAACACCAGCCCACAGUGGAGGUGGAGGAGUUUGUCCAAGACACCACCAAGUUCACUCAGCCGUACCGUGUGUAUAGAAACCACAUCUACGUCUACCCCAAACAUCUCAAAUAUGAUAGCCAGAAGAGCUUCGCCAAGGCUCGUAAUCUAGCAGUCUACGUAGAGUUCCGCAGCACAGACGAAGAACUUGCCAAACCUUUAAAGUGCAUUUAUGGCAAGCCUGGAGGUCCAGUCUUCACCCCAGCAGCCUGUUCCACCGUCCUACAUCACUCUCAGAACCCCGACUUCUACGAUGAGGUGAAGAUCGAGCUCCCUACCCAACUUCAAGAAAAGCACCACCUCCUCUUCUCGUUUUACCACGUCACUUGUGAUAUUAACGCUAAGACCAACGCAAAGAGGAAAGAAGCCCUGGAGACCCCUGUGGGCUACUCUUGGCUGCCUCUCCUCAAAGAGGGUCGCCUGUCAUCUCAGGAGUUCAACAUCUCUGUCUCCAGUAACCUGCCACCUGGUUACCUGGCCAUAAAAGAGGCCAGCAACACCAAGAAUGGAGCUGAUGUGAAAUGGGUGGACGGGGCCAAGGCCAUCUUUAAAGUUUCAACCAACGUCGUAUCAACUGUGUAUACUCAGGACCCCCACCUGAACCGGUUCUUCCAGCAGUGCCAGAAAAGAGAGCUGGACCUCUCUCACCCUCCUACCUCUGACUUCCUCAACUGCCUGAAGGGUCUCCUCAGUAUGGAGAAAAUCCCAGUGAUCAUCAGAUUUCUGCCAGUGCUCUUUAACCAGCUCUUCAAGGUUCUGACUCAAAAUGACAAUGACGAUGUCACUACUGCCACCACCAGAGUGCUGCUCCACAUUGUUUCCAAGUGCCAUGAAGAAAACCUUGAUCAUUACCUGCACUCCUACAUUAAGUAUGUGUUCAAGACAGAGGCCCAUGGCUUCAGGACGGUGCACGAGGAGCUGGCGAAAGGCAUGACCUUUGACCUGAAGAGCAACGAGCACGCGGCAGUGAGGAACGUGUUGAAGUUUUCUUGGUUCUUCCUGGAACUGAUUGUCAAGUCCAUGGCGCAACAUUUGGUUGACUCUGACAAAGUGAAACUUCCAAGGCCGCAGCGAUUCCCCUCGUCCUACCAGAGCCGGCUGGAGACCCUGGUGGAGACGGUGUCUGACCACAUCUUCUGGAAGAACAAAGACCUGGCAGAGGAGUCGCGCAACGCCAACUCAGCUGUGGCAGCUUUUGUCAAGCGUUGCAUCACCCUGAUGGACAGAGGUUUCACCUUCAAAGUGAUCAGCAACUACAUCAACAUGAUCCCUGCAACUGGCAGCAAGGUGUUGUGCGAGCUGAAGUUUGAGUUUCUGAGGGAAGUGUGUAACCACGAGCACUACAUUCCCCUCAGCUUGCCCCUGCCCUCCGCCCGCAUCACAGACCAUGCAUCCCCAGAUCCACAAAGCACUCAUGCCUCGGUGCCUGAGUACAACCUGACAGGAGAGUUCUGCAGGAAACACUUCAUGACAGGCCUCUUACUGCGAGAACUUGGGCUGGCCCUGCAGGAUGAGCAGGACCUCAGGCACCUGGCUUUGGCCACUCUGAAGACCCUCAUGGCCAAGCACUCACUGGAUGCACGCUACGCCACCAAGGAGAAGCAAGCAAGAAUAGCAUCUCUCUAUCUUCCUCUGUAUGGUCUGAUUCUGGACAACAUGCCUCGCUUCUUCCUCAGGGACCUUUUCCCCAUUUACCUAACCUCCAGUGAUCAGGGCUCUCGAGACGACCUUAGCGUGGGAGGAGGAGUGGUUGGAGGUGCGCUACCCGUCACUCGCCACGGCAACUCGGUAGACGCCUCCUUUUCCAAAGAGGUGCUCAACUCCAUCACAGCCUUUUCAUCCUUGGCCGUUGCUACGGGCAACCAGGCCGACUCUCGGGGCUCCCUAAUCAGCGUGGACUCCAACCCCAGCAACAGUGACAGGAACAGUGACAAGAUGGAUGGCUACGAGAAGUUUGCUCGGCCUCAGUCCCUCAUUGGCUACGGUUCUCGCUGUGACAAGCUGGACCAGGCGGAGACCCGAAGCCUCCUCAUGUGCUUCUUACACAUCAUGAAAACCAUAUCUGAAGAUGUGCUAGUUUCCUACUGGCACCGGGCCAUCCACCAGGAGAUCUCGGACUUCUUUAAAAUAUUAGAGCUCUGCCUGCAGCACUUCAGAUUCAUGGGCAAACGCCACAUCGCCAGGAAGCUGGCAGCGGCACUAAAGCUGGCCCAGUCCACCCACGCCAACGGUACCCUGAAGGUCCCUAACCAUCCCUCCCAGCCCUCAAGCCUCCUCCCACAAUGGAUGGCUUCUUCUGGAGGGGAAGGUCACCGGCAGGCUCGUUCCCAAACCAUGCCCAUCAUCCGGGGCAAGAACGCCCUCACCCACCCCAAACUGCUGCAGAUGAUGGAGAGCGACGGUAAUAUCCAGGACGGGGACAAUCUGAGUCCCACUGAUGUUGAGGCCAACUUGUCUACUGAGGUGGCGCUCACUGUGUUGGAUGUUCUGGAGCUCUUUGUUCACCAUCACAAGAAGCAUCUGCUGAUGGAUGAUGGCCAGAACGUCCUGAUGAAGAAGGUGCUGGACACCUACUUUCUCUUCUUUCAGAUCAACCAAUCCACCGCCACGCUGCGCCACAUCUUUGCAGCGCUCAGGCUCUUUGUGCAAAAGUUCCCCAGUGCAUUCUUCCAAGGUAAAGCAGAUCUUUGCGGCUGUCUUUGCUACGAGAUCCUCAAAUGCUGCAACCACCGCUCCAGCUCCACCCAAACGGAGGCAGCUGCCUUGCUCUAUUUUGUCAUGAGGAAGAACUUUGAGUUUACUAAGGGCAAAUCUAUAGUGCGCUCGCAUCUCCAGGUGAUCAAGGCGGUGAGCCAGUUGAUCGCCGAUGCCGGCAUUGGAGGCUCCAGAUUUCAGCAGUCACUGGCCAUCGUCAAUAACUUUGCCAAUGGAGACGCUCCACUCAAGAAUUCUCCCUUCCCGGCCGAGGUGAAAGACCUGACCAAGCGCAUCAGGACGGUGUUGAUGGCCACGGCUCAGAUGAAGGAGCACGAGAAGGACCCCGAGAUGCUGGUGGACCUUCAGUACAGUUUGGCCAACUCGUACGCCAGCACCCCUGAGCUGCGACGCACCUGGCUGGAGAGCAUGGCCAAGGUCCACGUGCGCAAUGGAGAUCUCUCUGAGGCUGCUAUGUGCUACAUCCACAUCUCUGCUCUGAUCGCGGAGUCGCUUAAGAGGAGAGGCUACUGGAGAGCAGACAAGGCCCGGAUGUCCAGUGUGUCCCCUCAAGAAAGUCCUGUGUUUAAAUGUAGCUCCUUACUAACUACCUCCCGAGACCAAGACACAUCGUUUUCUCUGGGCUGGGCAGCCUUCAUGUGCAUCAGUCCUAACGUCAAAGAGGAGGGCGCCAUGAAGGAAGACGCCGGCACGCAGGACACUCCCUACACGGAGGACACCUUGGUGGAUCAGCUGGAACUGUGUGUGGACUACCUGUGGAAAUCUGAGAGAUACGAGCUCAUUGCUGACAUUAACAAGCCUGUCAUUGUCGUUUUUGAGAAGAGGCGAGACUUCAAGAGGCUGUCGGAGCUCUACUACGACAUCCACCGCUCGUAUCUGAAGGUGACAGAGGUGGUGAACUCAGAGAAACGCCUUUUUGGACGCUACUAUCGCGUAGCUUUCUACGGACAGGGUUUCUUUGAGGAGGAGGAGAGCAAGGAGUUCAUCUACAAGGAGCCCAAGCUGACCGGUCUGUCGGAGAUCUCCCAGAGAUUGCUUAAACUCUACUCAGACAAGUUCGGAGCGGACAAUGUCAAAAUGAUCCAAGAUUCCAAUAAGGUGAACCCUAAGGACCUGGACUCGAAGUUCGCCUACAUCCAGGUGACGUACGUGUUGCCUUACUUCGACGAGAAGGAGCAGCAGGACAAACGGACGGACUUUGAGAGGCAUCAUAAUAUCAAUCGCUUUGUGUUCGAGACGCCCUUCACGCUGUCUGGAAAGAAACACGGAGAUGUGGAGGAGCAGUGCAAGAGACGCACCAUUUUAACCACAAGCUCCAGCUUCCCUUACCUAAAAAAGCGUAUCCAGGUGGUGGAGCAGCAGAGCACGGAGAUGAACCCCAUCGAGGUGGCCAUCGACGAGAUGUCGAGGAAAGUCUCGGAGCUCAACCAGCUGUGCAACAUGGAGGAGGUGGACAUGAUCCGACUGCAGCUCAAACUGCAGGGCAGCGUCAGUGCCAAAGUGAACGCUGGACCGAUGGCCUACGCUCGAGCCUUUUUGGAGGAGAAGAACGCCAAGAAGUAUCCAGACAACCAAGUCAAACUGCUGAAGGAGAUCUUUAGGCAGUUUGCAGAAGCCUGCGGUCAGGCGCUGGAUGUGAACGAACGUCUGAUCAAGGAGGACCAGCUGGAGUACCAGGAGGAAAUGAGGGCUCACUACAGGGACAUGCUGAGCGAGCUGUCGGCCAUCAUGAAUGAGCAGCUGCGAAAAUGUGUUCUGGCCUCCAGCGCCACUUCUCUCUCUAACAGCUCUCUUUCCACUCUGUCUAAGACUGAUUCCUCACUCAAGGCCACCCGGAACGGAGCGCCACAGCGGCUUCUGAAUGGCUAAAAGGCGAACAGGAAGUUGAGGAACCUCACCUUGUGCUUGUUUGUGGUAGAAGAAGACAAAAGAAAGAAGAAGUGUGUCGACUGUGCUCGUGCUCGUCUUGCUAUUGUCCUGUCGUUGAACAUGGCCGGGGUUGAACCCGGGGUAGGUUCUGUUUGUUUUGGUUGUAGAAGAGUCGGCAUCAUCAGCUUACACACUGACAAGCGAAAACAUGCUACUUAAAGACCCUUUAGAGUGCAGCGACCUUACUGGGCUGGAGCUGCGUUCAGCAUCUUCACGCGUCCUUACCAAAACUUUCCUGGUGCAUUUUCAACUUUUUCAAGAAGAAAUCUGUCUUCAAAAAAAGCUGACAGAAAAGAGCUGGACGCGCCUCCAGUCGGUGUUUUGAAUGUAGAGCAGCGCCACAGUGCUAAUUUGUAUCCUUUGCUAACAUGACCCAAAUAUCAGCUUGCCCAUUUUUAAGCGGAAACAGUUCAAACAAAACAAAAAUAGUUAUGUUUUGUAACAUUUUUACGGUGCAAAAUGCAUUGUUACUGUUAUUAUUUACUGUUUUAAAUUGUACAUAAGAAAUAUUAAUAUUUAAAACAUUUGAAAUGUUCCUUUUUUAAUGAAAUAUACAUAUAAAUAUUUGUUUAGCUGACUUAAAAAAGUUUUAUGUAUAACAUUUAAAUAAAAAUUUGUUAAUGAGUGAUUAGUGGGUGACACAUUUUGUGUUUUCUCGUCUAUUUUUGCUGUGUUUUUGUUACUCACAUUUGCACAAAAAAAAACAAAAAACAAAAAAAACAUUUACCUCUGACAGUCUUGUUCACAAAAUUCUUCACAAAAUGAGUUACGCCUGCACAAAAUAGGUAGCAUAAGUAGUAGUACCAUAUUGGUGGUAGUAUUAUUACUGUAAGUACACAUUGUAUGUUUACAUUAUAGUUACUGUAUAUAUAGUAAUGUUCUCGUCGAAAAAGACCUCAACGGCGGAGUGGGCGGAUGAUGCUUGCAUAGAUGCUCCACAACUAGGGAUGUCCGAUAACUGCUUUUUGCCGAUAUUGUCCAACUCUUUAAUUACCGAUACCGAUAUCAAGCGAUACCGAUCUAUACAGUCGUGGAAUCAACACAUUAUUAUGCCUAAUUUGGACAACCAGGUAUGGGGAAGAUAAGGUCCUUUUUAAAAUAAAUAAAAUAAGAUAAAUAAAUUAAAAACAUUUUCUUGAAUAAAAAAUAAAGUAAAAAUAUAAAAACAGUUACAUAGAAACUAGUAAUUAAUGAAAAUGAGUAAAAUUAACUGUUAAAGGUUAGUACUAUUAGUGGACCAGCAGCACGCACAAUCAUGUGUGCUUACGGACUGUAUCCCUUGCAGACUGUAUUGAUAUAUAAUGUAGGAACCAGAAUAUUAAUAACAGAAAGAAACAACCCUUUUUGGUGAAUGAGUGUAAAUGGGGGAGGGAGGUUUUUUGGGUUGGUGCACUAAUUGUAAGUGUAUCUUGUGUUUUUUAUGUUGAUUUAAUAAAUAAAUUAAAAAAAAACCAAAAAAAACGAUACUGAUAAUUCCCGAUAUUAUAUUUUGAAGCAUUUAUCCACAAUAGUCACAAAGGCGGAAGAAGGCUGCAGCAAAGAUGGGUCCCCAAUUGUCUUGGUCUACAUGCCAUUGGACCCUGUCCUUUUCUUUGUCAAGGACAGUGUGGUGGCUGUCUGUGCACCAGUCUCCCUACUUUAAAAGAUUCCACGCACAGGCGUUCUCCUGAAGGCAAUCCCACCAACAGGAGGACAAUCAUACUCGUUUCGAGUGAUCGCCGCUGCCGCCGAGUAAUGUUUUAGUGUAAUUGUGACUCAUACGUAAAUGAACACUCUAGUCACUAACAAUAAAGGUCAUAGGAUCGGAUCGGGGGCUGAAAUGUGUCUUUUUGAAACUGAUCGGCUAAUGAGAACACCGGCUCGAAUUUGAGAGCAAUUGGCAACAAAUGUGUCGUCUAUCCACAGUGCGAAGCGCGUUCUAAGGUUUUAACUCUCACCACCAUGGCGAAAAAUACAUACGUUUCUUCCAGGUAACAUUAUCACUGGAGGACUAGAGAAAAAGGAAUGCCUAAGCAUGCUACACACACACACCGAGUAGGACGACACGACACAUCGAUCCAGAUGUCGAUGCUUAGUAUAGUAUCAGUAUAUAAACAACGCUAAAGAUCUUUUUUUUUUCUUGUUUUUAUUAUUACAAAAUUAUUUUUUGGUUGUUUUUGUUAUUGUUGAAGUCUCUGGAUACAGAGAGGCUUUGAAUAGGAGCCAAUAGUAGUGUUAGCUUUUGUUUAGUUAUUGUGCAUUAUCCACUUUAUUUUGUUGAAACAAAUGUAUGUAGCAUUCAAUACCACACGUUUGAAACAUCAUCGGAUUUACAACAAUAUUAGCAAAUUCUAAGUUUAAUAAGAUAAGCCUGCGGUUCCCAAACUUUUCCCACCAAGUACCACUUCAGGAAAAAUGUGGCUCUCCAAGUGCCACCAUAAUGACCAACAUUAAAACACAGUAGCAUAGUAGGCCUAAGUAUUAAUUGAAAACAAGGCAGAGGUUUUAUUUUACAUGUAUAUUUCAUAUUUUUGGCCACUGUAACGUCACACACUCUUUGAACAGUAAGACGGUGUUUGAAUAUAGGAAAAUAAAACACUUUACUUAAAUAAUGAAUCAGAUCUCUAGCGUACCACUAGAUGGAGCCCCAAACAGUUUGAGAAUCACUGAGAUAAGCUUUAUAAAAGUGUGUCGUUGUGUUUAGUUUAGUUACUUGAUAUAAAACAUGUUCAAUCUAGUCUAAUCUAUUGUCAAAGUAUCCGAUCGGGACUCGAAAUCUGAUGACAAAAAAUCGUAUGAAGGCCAGAAAUGUUGAUCCACGUACAGAACCCAUCAAGGACAUAAAAUACAGUAAUACAAUCACUAAAUACAAGAAUUAAAUUAAUUUUUGUCUUUUUUUUUUUUAAAGAACAAUUAUGUAUCUUUAUUCUUUUUCUAAUCUCAGCUAUAUCUUUCCUACCAGCAGCUUCACUUUCAACCUUAAGGAUGCAAAUUAGCACAAGCUUUAAACGACAUAAACACUUCACUUUGGUGGACGUUUCUUCUCUCUCUGAGCUUUUCAUGAUUUUCCUUUUCUUUGGCGCGCGGCCCCCAGAACAGCCUUUAUUAGAUGGAAUGGAGUGCAAAAAGUGAGUGUAAGCGAGGCACGUACUGUCGUGUUUUCUGUCACAUUUUACUGUAACGAGUUCUCGAGUGUGUCUCGUCUUUAUGGACCGAAAGGAAUGUAUUUAUUUACCGGUAUGGGAGUUCGUUCUUAAUACAGAAUGGCGUAGAUUGAGGACCACCUGUAUUUUGAAAGAUU